UCUAUGUUAACACUUAAAUAAUUGAAAAGACUAAAAAUUUCUAAAUAUAAGUAUAUAUAUAUAUUGUGGUGAAACGGAAGUGAACAUAAAAAGAAAUUAAGUAAUUGUUUCAAAAGAAAAGGAAUACUUAUACGUAAAGAUUACAUUUAAAAUUGUGCAAAUUCGAAACUAUGUCCAAGAAUCCUCAGUGGAAAACGUUCCAGCCGCCAAUCAUGAACUCUGACCCUGCAAUACUUGAUUAUAAGUCUAUGGCUAUACCGAGUCCCAAAGUUAUCACGGGAUCGCAUCAAUCAGCAACUCAUAUCUACCGAAAUGGUACCAACUACAGCGGUGAUCAUUAUAUGACGGAUUCACCUCCGGGAAGUGGAAAGAAUAAUAUACACUAUGCAGGUUACACCAAUACUGAGCCAUCACGUAAUGAAGUCACCAGAUUUCCUUUUGGAACAUUUACUGAAAUGGAAGGAAAUCCUGGUUACACAAAAGAACCAUUAACAAAUAAUUCCACUUAUCAGGAUCAGUCUGCUAACCAAGGGACACGAGAAACUGGAAUAAUUGAAAAAUUAUUACAUUCUUAUGGAUUUAUACAGUGCUGUGAAAGACAAGCAAGGCUGUUCUUUCAUUUUAGCCAAUUUAGUGGUAACAUAGAGCACUUAAAAAUUGGAGAUCCAGUUGAAUUUGAAAUGACUUAUGACCGACGAACAGGGAAGCCAAUUGCUAGUACAGUUAGUAAGAUAUCUCCGGAGGUGGUGCUAAGCGAAGAACGAGUUACAGGAAACGUUACUACAGAAUUACACGCGAGUGGUGAUUCACAAGGGCGUAUCAGUUACGAAAACAGAGGAGAAUGUUUUUUUUUGCCAUAUACAAAGGAUGAUGUUGAAGGAAAUGUUACUUUGCGUACUGGUGAUAAAGUGUCAUUUCAAAUUGCUACUAAUCAACGUGGAAAUCUGGGUGCAUGUCAUGUAAGAUUGGAAAAUCCAGCACAUCCAAUUCGCUAUCGUGGAGUAGUAUGCUCAAUGAAGGAAAAUUUUGGGUUUAUUGAACGUGCUGAUGUGGUUAAAGAGAUUUUCUUCCACUUUAGCGAAACUAAAUCUAUGAAAGAAGAACUUCGACUAGGUGACGAUGUUGAAUUUAUAAUACAAACACGAAAUGGCAAAGAGGUAGCUUGUAACAUUACCAAAUUACCACCUGGGUCUGUAGUAUUUGAAGAAGUCUGCAAUGAAAUAGUAAAAGGGCAGGUAUUAAAACCUCUAGAAAGGGGUAAUGCGGCUCGUCAUCAAAGUGAUCCAUUACCUGGAAGAAUUCGUUAUAGAGAUUCAGAUCAUUUUGAAGUCGAAAUUCCUUUUGGUGACAAAGAUCAGAAAGGAGAUUUUACUCUCAGACAUGGGGACUGGGUCCAAUUUCGCAUUGCUACAGAUACUAGAGAUCAACUCAAAAGAGCUACUGAAAUAUUGUUGUUACCUGAAUCUUUUAAUGUGUCUGGUGAGAGACGAGAACAAGGCCUUAUUGCUGCACUCAAAGAUGGAUUUGGUUUCAUUCGUUGUGUAGAUCGCGACACGCGUCUAUUCUUUCAUUUCAACGAAGUUCUUGAUGUUGAUAGAGAAAUUAGUGUUGGAGAUGAAGUUGAAUUUACAGUUAUUCAAGAUCCAUCUUCAUCAUUUUCGAAUAAUCGACAAAGUGCGAUUAGGUUGAAACAUUUACCAGCUGGUACGGUUCAGUUUGAAACAAUCAUAGACAAAGAUUUACCAGGUACUAUUGUUCAAGGCGUAAAUGGCUUGGUGCCUGGUCUCAUUGGAUACAUGAAAGAGAAUCAACAAAAGAGUGUUAUUUACUUUAGCAAAGAUUGCGAUCCAAAAAAUAUUCCAAAGUUAGGUGACAAGGUUCAAUUUAGUAUUUGUCAAGUGAAACGAAAUAAAGAACUUGUUGCUGUUGACAUAUCUCUAGUGAAUUCUUCUGGUGAAAAAACUCAGAAUGGCACCAAAAAGUUGAACAGUCAAGUUUGUCAGGGCUUCAUUGCUGCUCUGAAAGAUGGAUUUGGUUUUAUUGAGACUGUAAAUCAUGAUAAAGAAAUAUUUUUUCACUUCAGCAAUUUCGAAGGAGAUGUUAGUACUUUGGAAGUAGGAGCGGAUAUUGAGUGUACAAUCACUUCCGGAAAUGGUAGAGGUAACGGUGGUUGUGUUGCAGCGGAUUACGUUAAAUUGGUACCUCGUGGAAGCAUUCCUAGGCCGACACCAGUUAGCGAAGUGCUUGAUGGAACGGUAGUACGACCAUUACGAAGUGCAAAUCCUGAUCAGGCAGAGUACGCCGGUUUGAUAAAGAUAAAUGUUACUACUGAAGAUGAAGAUACCCCAGAAUACGAGUUUAGAAUUAUGGGACUGGUCAAUAAACGCGAGCUGUUACAAGCUGGUGACCCUGUACAGUUACAGGUGGACUCUGCAGGUCAUGCUUGUAAUAUUGUAGCAGUUAGGAAAAAAAGAAGAGCAACGGUGGAUGCAGUAAAAGGUCCUUUUGGUUUUCUUUCGUAUGAGGUUGAUGAGGGUAAGAAAUUGUUCUUCCACAUGAGCGAAGUUCGAGACCACGCAACACUUCAGCCAGGAGACCCGGUUGAAUAUGUUUUGAUCACGAAUCAACGUACCGGUAAAUCGUCUGCAUGCAAUGUAACACGAAUAAGCGAUUCAGUCCAACAACGGCCCGAACGUUUGAUCAGUCGAUUACGUACUACAUCUAUGGAAGACACAGGUCCUAAAUUAACAGUUGUUAGACAACCAAAGGGGCCAGACGGCACGCGUGGAUUUAGUCAGGAAAGAACCCAGCAUACCCCUGGUGCCAUCCAAGAGUAAUGUCGUAUCGAAACGGUUAAUGCUUAUCCAAAUUGUAAUCUACAUUACUUGUUUUUAGUCUAUACACUUCGGUACCGAGAUUAUUAUUAUUAUAAGCAUGAUCGUAAACAUUUGCCAAAUUGAGACUAAUGUGACAACAAUAAUAAUAUUGAUAAUAAUCGAUUGGAUUAUGAUCUUGUUGAGAAAAAGGAGAAUAUAAAAUUAAAAAAACAACGAGUCAUUUUAUCAUCUUAUAAAGUAUGAAAAUAAUUAG